AGGUGUAUUGAGCUGAGAGGACACCUCACCCAUUUCUGACAUCACUGUCGUACACCUGCACGUUCCGCUGCAUAUUCUAUUCAUCUUACUGGGAGAAACACUUCACUUCCGCAUUUAUGAAGUGAAACCAAUAAUAGAUAUGGAGGUCCCAACUGACGAACGAAGCAGUGGUUAUCUUCGGCUUGACGAAAAUGCCAAUCUUGGAAUAUGUGGAUGGUUUUUAACAGGAAUAUCAGUCCUAAUAACAAUCUGUACAUUCCCAUUUUCUCUCAUGUUCUGUCUCAAGAUUGUUCAAGAAUAUGAAAGAGCUGUCAUUUUCAGGGUUGGAAGGCUUAGACCAGGAGGUGCCAAAGGCCCAGGUAUCUUCUUUAUUCUGCCAUGUGUGGACAAUUAUAUCAAAGUGGAUUUGAGAACAGUUUCAUUUGAUGUGCCACCACAGGAGAUUCUUUCGAAAGACAGCGUAACGAUUGCAGUUGAUGCCGUCGUUUACUUCAAAAUCUCAAACCCAAUUUCAUCGGUUAUUAAUGUUGAAGAUGCUACACGUUCCACCAAGCUGUUGGCACAAACAACUCUGAGAAACGUUCUUGGGACAAAGAGCUUGAGUGAAAUCUUAAUGGAGAGGGAACAAAUCAGCCAGUCAAUUCAGAUAACGUUGGAUGAAGCAACAGAUCCUUGGGGAGUCAAGGUGGAACGUGUUGAAGUGAAAGACGUCCGUCUGCCGCAGCAACUGCAACGUGCUAUGGCUGCCGAAGCAGAGGCAUCGCGUGAAGCCCGUGCCAAGGUAAUUGCUGCUCAAGGAGAGAUGAAUGCUGCUCGCGCCUUGAAAGAGGCUUCCGAAGUAAUUAGCGAGUCACCAGGAGCAUUGCAGCUUCGCUACCUACAGACGCUUCAGGCCAUAUCGGCAGAGAAGAAUUCAACCAUCAUCUUCCCUUUGCCUAUCGAUAUGAUCCAAAAAGUUGCAAAUAAACUAUAACCUGUUCUUAAAACACUUAAAAUCGAUGGGGAACACUUCUUUACAGAACCAUAUACGCGUCUUUGAUUGUUUUGCAUGUUAAAAUCUAAACGAGCUGGAUGUAUAGCUUGAUUUUAAAAUAAUAGCAUUACCACGAGCAAGAGUUGUCUACCUAGAAACAAUGGCAUAUAUUAUUUAUGGUGGAAAGCCGCAGUUUGACAGCUCUCAAGCUCAUUGAAGGAUUUUUUGAUUUGAAGUAAUUUUUUUGCUGAAAUAUCAGCUUUAACACGUCAUUGAUUAGCUUAUGUUUCGCAUUUAUUGUCAAUUCGUCGAUGAUCUAUUUACCCAAUACCA